AUGUUGCCAGCUGCCCUGAGUGAUUGCGCGACUGGGGAUACGUGCCCCAUGCGGGUGUAUCGAUGGCUGGGUCCUUUUGAAAGUGGUGGGUCUGUCCGAGCACGGCUGCUGAAGCCGAAUGCAGCUGCAACGGCGUACGUUGACUCAGUGGUUGCGGGCAGGCGAAUCACACCAGCACAAGAAGAGGAUGGCAUUCCACUGGACGGUGACACCGAUGAGGAUGUGGCGGCAUCGGCCCUCGUGCAAGGCGGAACAGGCAAUCCGAUGUGGGAGCGACCUUGCAACGACAACCCAGGCUGCCAGGCCGGCAGGCCAUGGAUCGAGCGCACGACCCAGGCACCAGAGGGUAUGAUUCCACAGUGGGAAGACUACGUUAUCGUGCGGUACAAGUUCGACACAGAUGUUGAUGACGUUCGGAAGGAGGCUUUCAGAGCUGCAGCUGCAGACUGGCGCACGCACACGUGUGUCGGGGUCAUUGAGGAUGACGCUGCUUCCAACCCUUACUAUCUCAUUGGCAUCUAUGACACUGGCAGCUGCUGGUCCAACUUAGGCAGGCCUUACAGCUAUGGCAGGAUCAAUCUGGGAUGGUGUAAGAACAUGAACCACAAGGGUAGCAUGAUCCACGAACUGGGACACUGCCUUGGGUUAAACCACGAGCAGAAGCGGGCAGACGCACAAGCGGAGUAUUAUGGAAAGGGCCCCGCCUUGCGGAUGUAUUGGGAGAACGUUGACAGCCGCUGGGUGUCUCAGUACCUUCCUUCUGAAAAGACCUACAUCGGCUCUGCGGACGAUGGUGGAGCGGAUCCGCAAAUUGGCCAUGCGACUUACGACUACGAGAGUAUCAUGCACUACUACCGCCAGAGAAGCAGCAAUCGCACGAUUGCCAACGGGUACUACUUCGAUGCCGUUCCUACAUCAAACAACAAGCUGGUGGGAAAUCGGGACCACUUAUCGGAAGGUGACAUCAAGCAGGUGUUGGAUGCCUAUCGAUGCCGGCUGCGCCCUGAGAAACUCUGA